CGCGGGUAGCGUGAACAUUGUGAACAUGGAGUGUGCGGACGCCGAGUUCCUGGCGGAGAAAACGCAGGUUACAAUCAUACCGACAUUCAGUGCGGAGAAACUGUACCUCAUCACUGGCGACGUGGGUCCCUUUGCAGCGGGCUCUCCGCUCAGCGUGCCCCUGUGGAUGGCCCUGAACCUGAAGCAGAGGCAGCAGUGUCGCAUUGUGCCGCCGGCCUGGCUCGGCAAGCAGUUUCUUGAGGACGUGAAGCAGGAGGAGGCUGGCUCGCCGGUCUUCACCCGGAUGCCGUGCGAGCACUACUUGGAGGUGACGCAGAUGCUGUUCGAUGUGGCCGCCGCCGACAUACCGGACGCGAGCCAAGUGCGCACCCUGGUCAAGGACAUCUGGGACUUGCGGCAGGCCAAGCUGCGCAGCUCCGUCGACGCCUUCGUCAAGAGCGACGAGGUUCACGCCCGGGUCGACCACCUCACCCUCAUGGAGGCGAUCGGCGUGCGCCGCCUGCUCUGCGCUGCCCUCGGUCACCUCCACAAGCUGCGUCAGGGGCCAAGUGACGGAGCUCCAACGUCAUCGCAAAGCCAGACAUUCUAGCUACAUGUUUUAUUCAGUCUUCAAAGAGCAUCUCAACCAUGUCCUUUUUCUGGCACUGCGUGUCAUCCAGCCUCUGAGCCUGUAAAAAAUGGAAAUAAUCAAUACUGUCAAUAAAUCACUUGUAACAACUUA